AUGGCCGCCCUUCGUAAAACGCACCCGCUACUAAAAAUCGCAAACGACGCACUUGUUGACUUACCUGCCCCUUCAAACAUCUCUGUUUGAUGAAAUUUUGGCUCACUCUUGGGCCUAUGUCUAAUUUCCCAAAUCCUUACAGGCCUAUUCCUAGCUAUACAUUAUACCUCAGAUAUCGCUACAGCCUUCUCCUCCGUCGCACACAUUUGCCGAGAUGUAAAUUAUGGAUGACUAAUUCGUAACCUUCACGCCAACGGUGCAUCUUUCUUUUUCAUCUGUAUUUAUCUUCACAUUGGCCGAGGUCUCUACUAUGGCUCCUACUUGUAUAAAGAAACGUGAAACAUUGGAGUAGUUCUUCUCCUCUUAGUAAUAAUAACAGCUUUCGUAGGCUACGUCCUACCCUGAGGUCAGAUAUCUUUUUGAGGGGCAACAGUCAUUACUAAUUUAUUAUCCGCUGUUCCCUAUGUAGGAAACACCCUAGUUCAAUGAAUCUGGGGCGGCUUCUCAGUUGAUAACGCCACACUCACACGAUUCUUCGCUUUCCACUUCCUCUUCCCGUUCGUCAUUGCUGCUGCCACCAUUUUACACCUCCUUUUCCUUCAUGAGACGGGGUCCAAUAAUCCCUUAGGCCUCAACUCUGAUGUAGAUAAAAUUCCAUUCCACCCCUAUUUCUCAUACAAAGAUCUUUUAGGGUUCGCAGCCGUCCUAAUUGGUCUCACCUCUCUUGCCUUAUUCUCCCCUAACCUCUUAGGGGAUCCAGAUAACUUCACACCAGCCAACCCACUCGUAACGCCCCCGCACAUUAAACCAGAAUGAUAUUUCCUAUUUGCCUACGCCAUUCUUCGAUCAAUUCCUAACAAAUUAGGGGGAGUGUUAGCAUUACUAGCAUCUAUUUUAGUACUCAUAGUAGUACCCUUUCUACAUACAUCAAAACAACGAAGUCUAACAUUCCGCCCGUUAACCCAGCUUCUAUUCUGAACCCUCAUUGCAGAUGUAGCAAUUCUCACUUGAAUCGGAGGAAUGCCUGUUGAACACCCCUUUAUUAUCAUCGGCCAAGUCGCCUCACUCUUAUACUUCCUUCUCUUCCUUGUUUUCAUACCCAUUGUAGGCGAACUAGAAAAUAAGGCUCUAGAAUGACUUU